AAAACGUGUUUUUUGUAUUGUGUUUUAUUCCAAAUUAGUACUGGUACCAGAAGAAAUAUUUAAUGUAUUAUAUUUAGUAUGGAGUUUCUCGGAAUGUCUUGAUAUUAUUUGUUCUAAUGCUAGAAUUUCUGAAAAUAAUUGGAGCUGUCAGCUAAUUAAAUUUAUCUUUUACUUUAUUACAUACAUAGCUUAUUAAAAAGCUACUAUAGACUAUAGUGGUAGUACUACAGUGUUAACAUUAUUAAUACUGGGGUCAUAUAUUUAGUCCUAUUGCCUUAGACUUUGAAUUAUGUGAUUUGUUUGUUACGAGGUGCCCUUGGAAAAUUAGCAUUGUAAAGGGAAAAAAAAGCUAACAUUGUAACAUUCCAAUGAAACCUAUCUACUGACACUAACAGAUAUAGUGCCAGUGGAAAGAAAAACUGUUUUCCAAUGGAAGUGCAAAAGCAGUUAAAAACUUGGCUAAAGUCAUCAUUUGAUAAUGAUUUUGUUACGUCAUCAUCACGAAAAGAUUGCAGAAAAUCGGAAUAUCAAAAAGACGAAGCACUUGCUAAAACAAAAAGGAAAAAAGGAAUUCAAUCUCAAUUGCUUUUUGGUGAAAGGGGUGGAAAUAAUUGUGUUGGUGAGUCUUGGAUAGAAUUGUUUGCUCCACAGGCUAAAGAAGACCUUGCAGUAAACAAGAAGAAAGUUGAGCAGAUUGAGACAUGGCUUAUAGACAGUUUAAGUAGAUGUAAGAAUUUUCUAACUACAAUAAAAUGUGCACCUAUAGCUCUUCUAACUGGCCCUGCUGGUUGUGGAAAAACAGCAAGCAUAAAAGUUUUAGCUAAAGUAUUAGAUUUAGAUAUGAAAGAAUGGGUUAACCCUGUUGACAAUAGUUCUGGCCUAUUUGAUGAUGGAUUUUCAAAUAAUAGGCUAUUGGUUAGCGCUACUACUCAGAAAGAACAAUUUGUAGACUUUAUUUUGAGAGCUAAUAAAUAUUCAUCUUUAUUUGUGAAAUCUACUUCUGGAAGAUUAAUUGUUGUUGAAGACUUUCCUAAUGUAUUUCUUAGAGAGCCUGAAGUAUUUCAUAAUGUAUUGCAACUAUACUCAAAAACUGGAAGAUGUCCUGCUGUUUUCAUUGUUAGUGAAAGUGGCAGCGGAAGUAGCAUAGAACAUCAUUUAUUUCCAAAAAGUUUAUUAGCUGAACUUGACAUUAUGCAAGUGAGUUUUAACCCUAUAGCCCCAACAUCAUUAACAAAGGCAGUCAGUAGAAUAUGUGGAAUUGCCAAGGUCACAUUAUCAAAAUCUGAGAAUGAAUCUUUAGUGGCUGCUAGUAAUGGAGAUGUUCGUCAUUUAAUUAACCUGAUUCAGUUUUUUGUAAAGCCUGGUUCCACUAGUAGGAUAUCAAAAGAAUGUAAAAGUAAUUCAUUUGCAGGUCAAAAACGAAAAAAGAAUAUGGUAGAAUCUAGUUCUUCAAUUUUGGGUGAGAGAGACCAUUCAUUGUUUUUGUUUCAUGCACUUGGUAAAAUCCUUUAUUGUAAACGAGAUUCUGGAAAAGAACCAGAAGGCCAACUUCCCAUACAUUUGAAGGACAAAGAGCGAAUGGUUCUUCUAUCUAAUGCAGAGGCUGUGUUUUCUAGAACAGCAGUAACUGCUGAUACAUUCACACUUUUUCUUCACCAUAAUUACCUGUCUUUUGUCAACAGUGCUUAUAUUACAGAAAAGUGUUGUACAAGUUUCAGUGAUGCUAAUAUUAUUUGUACGGAGUGGAGUGGGAAAGAGGUUCUUGAUGAAUACUCUGCUUCUGUUGUGGCAAGGAGUUUGAUGUUUCAUCUGGAAGAAGAUAAGCUUGGUGGGGGCCAAUUUUGGAGACCUUUUUACAAACCAGAGUGGUUUUCAGUUUUGAAACUAUAUAGAGAUGGUCAGGCUGCAGUGAGAAACUGUUUUAAAGAAUGGGCAUACACUUUAGAUCUUCAAACUCAAAUAAUACCAUACUUAGGUGUCGUACAACCUUCAGCUGAUAAUGCCCAGUUAGAGAUAAUUAAAAAAUAUGGAAGAUUUUCAUCAGGUGCUGUAAGGCCAAAAACACCAGGCUUUCAUCUUAGUGAAAAGGAAAUUUUUGAAGAAUUUGAUACUCAUAGCACUGUUCCAGUUGCAGACCCUAACCCACGUGUAGAAGAUACAGUGAACAUGUGCGAGUCUGUAGUACCACAAGAAGACUAUAUUAUUGAAGAGUAUGAUGACUAAAAUUUUUGUCUUGUGCUGUUUACAGUUCAUUCUGUUUAGAUAAUUCAUUGCAUUAUUCAUAUCAAAAGCUAUAGUUAAUAACAUAUAUUUUUUGGUAAAUGUUGAAAAAUAAAUUCAUACGUUAAAAGUU